UGUGUUCGUAAGAACGGAUAUUGUAGGACAGUGGUCUAUCCAAUUGCGGCUAAUUUUUCAAGCUCUUUACACGCUUCCAUCAUGGCAUCCGCCGAAGAUCAAAGUGUUUCUGCCCUUGUGUACGACUAUUUAUUAAAAAAAGACGCAUCUUUGGCAAAGGUUUUUCAGAAGAAAACAAAGGCGCCCACACUACCUAAGGGAGCGCCGACGAUUCAAGAAGUGUUUCAGUAUUUUCAGAAAUCGUCCCCGAAAAAAUUAAACGUAAAAGCACAAAAUAAAGAUAGUAGUUCUGAUUCUAGUUCAGAUAGUGAGGAUGAAACACCAAAAAAGGUUCCACAGUUAAACGGUAAAGCUGCAGUUAAUGCUCAAGCAAAUAGUAAGACAAAAAAAUCAUCCUCAGAGGAUUCCUCUAGUGAGGAUGAAAAACCAGCACCAAAAGUAGCUACACAAGUUAACAUUGCUGUUAAAACACCAUCUAAAGCACAACCUGUAAAGAGGAAAGAAAGUUCAGAUGAUAGUUCUUCAGAAGAGGAAGAUAAGACACCAAAAGUACAAUCAAAAGCAUCUGUACAAACAGUCAAACCACCUCAAGUAUCUAAAGCCCAGACAUCUUCGGAUGAUUCUGACUCAGAUAGUGAGAAAAUGUCUAAAGCAAAUGUAGUCACCAAAUCGAUUGCUAAAUCAGCCACAACACCUCAGCCUAAGGCUGCUGCUAAGAAAAAAUCUUCCAGUGAUGAUAGUAGUGACAGUGAAGAUGAAAGUCCUGUUAAACCAAUAUUAAAGAAACCUAUCACACCUGCAGUAAAGGUUCCAGCAAAGAAAGAAGAAUCUAGCGACGAUUCAGAUGAUUCCUCUGAAGAAGAGAACACUAAACCACAGCCAGCACCUAAAGCUAAGCAACAGCAAACACCUAAAGCUGCUAAACCAACUGCACCACCAACUAAAGCUGCUAAGAAACGAAAAUCUUCAAGCGAAGAUUCCGAUGAUUCUUCAGAAGAGGAAACUGUUGCAAAACCACCAGCAAAGCAAACUCCUAAAGCCCAAGAGAAGAAAAAACCUGCACCUGUAACUCCACAAAAGAAAGAAGCAGUAGUAAAACCUGGAAAGCAAAGUAAAGCUAUACCAGCAAAACCAACAGUUACAGUCACAAAGGAAGAUUCAUCUAGCGAAGAUAGCAGUGAGGAUGAGCCACCAGCCAAAAAGCCUGCUCCUACACCAACAUCAACACUGGUAGCCUCAAAGAAAGCUCAUGCUAAGAAGGAAGAAUCUUCUUCCAGCGAAGAUAGCAGUGACGAGGAUGAACCAGCUCCAAAAAAACCUGCUCCUGCUAAAUUAGUAACACCAGCUAAAGUUGUUGCUCCCAAGAAAGCUGAGUCUUCUAGCGAAGAUUCCGACGAUUCUGACGACGAUAAAAAUCCAACUUCAAAAGUAGCAGCAAAACCUGUGGCAAAACAAAAAUCUAGUUCUGACGAUUCGGAUGAUUCUGAUGAUGAAAAAACAGUUAAAACACAGGCAGCAACACUACAGGUGAAGGCUACUGGCAAGAAAGAGUCAUCCAGCGAGGACUCCGAUUCGUCAGAAAGUGAAAAAUUAAAAACAAUACCUGCAGCUAAAAGCACACCAAAAUCGACACCAGCUAAAAAAGACUCAGAUUCAGAUGAAAGUGAUUCUGACGAGGAAAAACAACAGAAAGAAGUACCUCCACCAAAACCUCACAAGAGUGAAAAGAGGAAACACAAAGAUGUAGAACAGGAACAGGAGGAGGAUGAAGAGAAAACUCCUGCAAAAGUACAGAAAAACAACUACAGCAAUUUCGUGAAGGCAAACAACAGUUUCAACGGUGACAAGGAGGACGAUCAGGAACAGGGUGGUUUUAGGAAACACGGUGGAAGGGGUGGUGGCGGUCGCGGUGGUGGCGGAGGUCGCGGAGGUGGUUUCAGAGGGGGGCGCGGCGGGUUCGGUGAUAGAGGGCCUAGAGGUGAUAGAGGGCCUAGGGGUGAUAGAGGAGGAGAUAGAGGCGAUAGGGGUGACAGAGGCGAUCGUGGAGGUGGCAGAGGUGGUUUCAGGAGCGGUCGUGGAGGUGGCAGAGGAGGUUUUGAUAACAGAAAGUCGUGGGGUGGGAACGACAGGAACAAUGAUAACGAAGGUGGAUUUAGAAGGUCAUGGGGUAACAAUGAAAGGGGGGGCGGUGGCCACGGUGGCGGUUUCAGAGGGGGUAGAGGAGGAGGAGGAGGUGGUGGUUUCGAAAAAAAGAGAUCAUUCGAUAACGCGCAGUCGCAAAAUAAAAAAAUUACGUUCGAUGAUUGAUGAUGAGAAGUUUGUAUAAAGAGAGGUGCCCGUGGCUCUUGGGGAGAGAAAGCGAAUAUGGACCUCAAGCACACGAGAGGAAAGUCUUUUCGU